UAAUUUACCCACAAAACCACGCGCAGCAGGAGCCAAUGAGCAUGCGCACUGGAGACUCUCGGUGGGAUCCCACACGCAUGCGCACUGGAGUCUCAGCAGGAGCCGCGGUGUAACAUGGCGACGUACGUGGACAUUCUGAAAAACGAGUUUCCCGAAAUCGACACUGAAGUAUUUGAUUAUAUCACCGGAGUGCUGGACAGCGGAGGUUCGGAUUUUGAGGACGGAGAGGAAGUGUUCGACGCCAUCGGUGGGGUUCUGCAGGAGGUCGCAGCCGAGAAGAACGAAGACGACGUCCGAGACAUCUGUCUGCAGCUGUUUAACACGCUGAAGAUUAGCACUAACUGUAACUCUAACCAGAGGCAGGUUCUGCUCGACGCUCCUGUGCAGCUUUCGCAGAUCUCCGCAGAGUCAGAGUCGUCUGUUAGUGAUGUGCAGGGCAUUUGGAUGGUGAAGAGGGCCCAGGGCACGACUGUGGAUGCGAAGAAGUUAGAAAAAGCCGAGGCCAAGCUGAGAGCUAAGCACGAGCGGAGGAAUGAAAAAGACGCACAGAAACCCACGAACCCGCUGGUCCUGGAGGAGGCGUCGGCCAGCCAGGCUAGCAGUAAGAAGGAGAGCCGCGUGGACAUGUCGGGGAAGAACCGCAGCUACGACAUCCGGAUCGAGAACUUCGACGUGUCGUUCGGAGAGAGGUCUCUGCUGCAGGGGGCCGAGCUGUGUUUGGCGAGCGGUCGCAGGUACGGCCUAAUCGGGAGAAACGGUCUGGGCAAGACCACGCUGCUGAAGAUGCUGGCGAGCCGCAGUCUGCGCGUCCCGGCGCACAUCUCCAUCCUGCACGUGGAGCAGGAGGUGGACGGGGACGAUACGGCCGCGCUGCAGAGCGUGCUGGAGAGCGACACGGUCCGAGAGGAACUGCUCACCGAGGAGCGCUCGCUCAACGCACACAUCGCCAACGGAACAGCGGAGGGGACUGAAAGCCUGCGUCUGUCCGAGAUCUACGCUAAACUGGAGGAAAUCGAGGCAGACAAGGCACCAGCCAGAGCUUCAGUGAUCCUGGCAGGUUUAGGAUUUUCCCCUAAAAUGCAACAGCAACCAACCAAAGAGUUUUCUGGUGGUUGGAGGAUGAGAUUAGCGUUAGCACGAGCUCUGUUUGCAAGGCCUGAUCUUUUGUUACUUGAUGAGCCCACCAACAUGUUGGACGUCCGAGCCAUUCUGUGGUUAGAGAAUUAUUUACAGACGUGGCAGUCAACCAUCCUCGUGGUGUCUCACGAUCGGAACUUCCUGAACGCCGUAGUAACCGACAUCAUCCACCUGCACUCCCAGCGUCUGGACAGUUACCGUGGCGAUUAUGAGAACUUUAUCAAAACGAAAGAGGACCGACUGAAGAACCAACAACGGGAGUACGAGGCUCAGCUACAGUACAGAGAACACAUACAGGUGUUUAUAGACAGGUUCAGGUACAACGCUAACAGAGCCGCGCAGGUCCAGAGCAAGCUGAAGCUUUUAGAGAAACUCCCCGAGCUUAAACCCAUAGAAAAGGAAUCUGACGUCAGUUUACGGUUUCCGGAUAACUUUGAGAAGCUUUCUCCUCCCAUCCUGCAGUUAGACGAGGUGGAGUUUCACUACUCGGCCCAGCAGCGGCUGUUCACUGGCCUCUGCGUCUCCGCCGAUCUCGAAUCGCGGAUCUGCAUCGUAGGUGAAAAUGGAGCGGGAAAGUCCACGUUAUUGAAGCUGCUCAUGGGCGAGCUGACACCCGUAAGCGGCACCAGACACGCCCACAGAAACCUAAAGAUUGGGUAUUUCAGUCAGCACCAUGUAGACCAGCUGGACCUCAACGUGUGUUCAGUGGAGCUGCUGCUCAGCAAGUUUCCCGGUCGGACCGAGGAGGACUACAGGCGUCAGCUGGGGAGGUACGGGAUCAGUGGCGAGUUGGCGACGCGACCCGUGGCCAGUCUUUCUGGAGGACAGAAGAGCCGUGUCGCUUUCGCUCAGAUGACCAUGCCUUGUCCCAACUUCUAUGUCCUUGACGAGCCGACCAAUCACCUGGACAUGGAGACCAUCGAAGCUCUUGCAAAGUCAUUAAAUGUAUUCAAGGGUGGCGUGGUGUUGGUCUCGCACGACGAGCGCCUCAUCCGGAUAGUGUGUAAGGAGCUGUGGGUGUGUGAAGGGGGUCGAGUGCAGCGCAUCGACGGCGGCUUCGAUGAGUACAAGAACAUCCUGCAGGAGCAGUUUCGGAAAGAAGGCUACCUGUGAAGAACCUUGCGUCAUCCACACCCGCGCGCGCACACAUACACACGCCAUUUAAAACUGACCCCAGCGCGCUCGUUGACUCUGUGUACACGGUGGACUCCAGCGUACAGUGUCCCUCCAAACCAGACCUCCUGGAACCAGAACCGGAACUGAUACUAAAAUUGGUUCAGCACAUGUUCCCAGCUUUCUGACAUAACUUCAUCACAUCAUCGCUCGCUCAUGCUGCUGUGGCUCAUGCUGCUGUGGCUCAUGCUGCGUCCUUUUCUGAUCAUGUGACACGAGGCUCAGGCUGGGGAUGUACUUGCUGGGCUUCUCCGCACAGGGUCAUCUCAUUUCUGCACAUGAGCAAAAAAAAUAAUAAAAAAUGAACAAAAAGAAGAAACCUGAGGCAAUAAAUGUUAAGUGAGGGGGAUGUGUGCGGUUUGUUUUGUUUCGAUGCAGCUGUCGUUAACUUAUCAACAUCAGUUUUAGAUCAUGCUAAUAAAAAUCUAACGUACAGUCAGUUUUAACCUGCUGCUGUCUGGAAUUAAUUCACAAGUUCGUAUUUUCUGUUAUGAGUGUUAUUGGCCAAAACACAGUAUCAGUGCUGAUUUUUUUUUAUUUUUCUAUGAUAUACAUACAGAAUAAUACAUACAUAUAAUACAGAAAAUGUGUUGAAUGUGCAGAAGCUACUUCUGAAGUUUAUGCAAUAUGGAAGUGACCAAUCUUGCUUCCCUAAAAAUUUCAGUUUAGCCGUUUUGGGGAGAUGAUUCUAAAUGUGCCCAAAAAAUGGCAGUUUUGUAGCGUUAUACUGUCUCAAAUUUAAAUAUUUAAAUAAUUUAAAAUGCUAAUUUAUUAUGUUUCUUU